AUGACGAAGGAGGCCAGCAAGACUAAGGAGGCCAGCAAGACUAAGGAGGCCAGCAAGACUAAGGACUCCAGCAAGACUAGAGGGUCCAGCAAGACUAGGGAGUCCAGCAAGAUUAGAGGGUCCGGCAAGACUAAAGAGACCAGCAAGACUAAAGAGUCUAGUAAGACUAGAGAGACUCUCCAAUCAAAUGCCGCAAACUUCUUGACUGAAACGGACCUGGGUACUAUACCCACUGGUCCAGUUUUGUGCAUGAUACUUGCUGACCUUUUCGACCAGGAGUAUCAAUCUAGCAUGGCAUGGCCUGACCAAUACGAGAAGAGGGAAAAAGUAUUAAGUGUUAAGCUGGAUAUGUUUCCUACAGCCCCGCUCUUUUUCGACACCCGGAGAGUCCGUUACCCCAAGGUGGAGAAAGGAGUAACAGCUGGCCAAUGA